AUGGCCUCCCACGAUCUCCCUGCAGAAACCGACUAUAUUAUUGUCGGAGGCGGAACAGCAGGUCUAGUCGUCGCCUGCCGGCUCUCAGAAGACGCGAAUGUCGCCGUCACAGUCCUGGAGGCUGGAGCGGACUGCACACAAGACCCCCGAGUCCGCGACCCGGGUGCCUGGCAUGGCUUGUGUGGUUCAGAGUUGGACUGGAAGAUGAAGAUCACUCCUCAGACCGGCCUGGGUGGACGCCCGCAAGAUCACCCUGCAGGAAAAUUACUGGGCGGCACCUCUGCGAUCAACGGGUCGGGCUUUGUUCCUCCAUCACCUGCGGGCAUCGACGCCUGGGCGAAGCUCGGGAACGAUAAAUGGACCUGGGAGACCCUUCGCCCGUACCUGCAAAGAUGCUACACGGUGACGGCACCAGAGGAGCUGCCUGAUAUCAACGAGAACCAGCGCGAUCCAGCCCAUGGGCCGAUCCAAGUGAGCUAUCCGGCUUUUGCAGACAAAGCGGGAAUAGCACUUGUCAACGCCUGGAGCGAUGCAUUCAAAGCCAAAGGAUACGGCUUCAAUGACACAGAUAUUCUCGCAGAAGACAGUAUCGUCGGCGCCCGUCCUUACUCUGCUGCCAUUGAUCCAAAGACUGGUCUCCGGAGUAGCGCCGACAGUCAGUACGGUGCGAUCAUAGCGUCGCGCUCGAAUGUCAAUAUCGUUACGGAGACGACCGUCCACGAGAUCUUGUUUAAUUCGCAGUCGAAUCUGGUAGCAACCGGUGUUCGCGUUGAGCAAGACGGAGGCGUGAAGAUUGUCAAGGCACGAAAAGAAGUCAUCUUGGCCGCGGGCGCGUUCCAUACUCCCACUAUCCUCGAAUACUCCGGCAUAGGCGAUCCUGCAAGACUUGAGCGCUUGGGGGUUCCUGUUCGGAUUGACCAACCGAACCUGGGCAAUACCCUGCAGAACCACCUCAUGAGCAUUCUACCUGUCCACAUCAAGUCUAACCCGAAGAUUAAAGGAAUGGCCCCUGGAUUCAAGUGUCUGGGAUUCACAAGGAUCGAUCCGAGCGAGCAAGAAGAGCUUCUCUCAGCCUACGCAGAAUCCGACCGCCCAUCCGAGAAAGUAAUCCGGUCAAUAAUCCAGAGUCCAAAAGAGUCCUCAGCGACAGUUUUUCUCAUCGCUAGAUCCCCGGAGCUAGCUAUCGCAGGAGUCAUAAAUAGUUUCCCUUUUUCCCGAGGAAGCUUACACGCCGCCGAAAAGGGCUUCAAAGUGACACCUGUUGCCGACGCAGGUUUCUUCAGCCAUGAGCUCGACAUUGAGAUCCUGGCGCGAAACGUGCGCAACUUCUACCAGAUGCUUUCCUCGUCGCCUUUGAACGAAUUCCUGGAGUUGGGCGCUGUGCCGACCGAUCUCGUUUCAAUCAAGGCUGGUCUUAAGGCACAUGCGCUAUCCACGCAUCAUCUUUGCGGAACUGCUGCGAUGCUGCCUCGCUCUGCUGAUGGUGUGGUGAAUCAGGAUCUGAGAGUUUAUGGGACGGAGAAUUUGCGCGUCGUCGAUGCCAGUAUCAUCCCGCUCAUCUCGCAUGCUAACCCUAUGGCAACGGUGUAUGCGGUCGCUGAGCGGGCGGCUGACUUAAUUCGGGAUGCUUAG